AUGCCAACUGCACCACCACCAGGGUUCGAAAAGAUCAAACCUGCUCUCGACGAGUUCGAAUCUCAAUUACGACAAAUUCACCAUGCAAAGACAUCCAGGAUAGCUGCAAAGAAAGACGAAAAUCCAUGGGAAAUCCUAAGAAUCAGUAACGAACGGUCUCGAUACAUUUUUAACCUUUUCUACAAACGUAAAGCCAUUUCAAGAGAUCUGUACGAGUGGUUACUGAAAAAUCGAUUAGCCGAUAGGCAACUGAUCGCCAAAUGGAAGAAGAAAGGCUACGAGAAACUUUGUUGCCUCAAGUGCAUCCAACGCAAGGAAACUAACCAUGGAAACGUUUGUAUUUGCAGAAUUCCCAGAGCCCAACUGCUUGAAAAGGACAGAAACACGUUCCACCAAUGCAACAACUGUGGAUGUCACGGUUGCUCAAGCACCGACUGA